AUGGCAACUCAGAGAAGACCCAGAAAACAAUUCAGGUAUGGCGAAGCACGCUCGAAGUUACCAUUCAUUUGUCUCAAGUCUAAAAGAAAGAACUCUCCCACAAUACCUGUGGUUCAUCUUGCUUUGAAGGACCAUAACAAAAACCUCACUGCUAAGGUAUCCACAAGAGACUCAGACUCCUUUUUCAUUCUUGAGCUUGACGAUUAUAGUGAAUUUGCCUACUGUGUUGCAAACAACUGUGGUGAGGAGCUACAGUACUUGGAGGACACUUUUGGGACGAUCAACAACACCAUUUUACAUCAAAAUAUAAGUGUUUCAUAUCUCGAUUUCCCAGAAAACAAUGCCAGUGAUUAUUUCUGGUUUUACAGAUCAAAUUUUACUCUUGACAACAACAGUGAUUUCAAUAUCUACAACUAUUCCUUUGCACUAGUCAACUUGACUAAUGCAAAGGAGUUGGAAAAUACCAGUUUUGUUGGUUAUUACAAUCAAUUAUCCUUCAAUCCAAACAAUCAAAACGCUUCAAUUAAUCUCGAAAAAAUUACUUAUUCCACCCUAUUCGAUCAUUUGAUGAGAGAAGACCAUACUCAAAGCGAAUUUUUAUCCAUAGAAUUUGAUUCUAGUCGUGAAAAGGGCAACCUAACUUUGGAUAAUAGACAAGACUUCUAUGAUAAACAAUAUAUGGCCACUCAAAUGAUCAAUCUCCAGGACUAUUACGAUGAAAGCAUCAUUGAAUACAGGGGCAAUUUCAUUGAACUAACUUCGUUUAACAUCAGCCAUGGAAUUGUUGAUUAUGAUCAACAAUUGCACACAUAUAAUAUCCCAAUUUUUCAAAAAUCUUCCCUGUCUAAUAAAAUAUUGGUAGCAAACGUUGAUAUAGAUAAUUAUGCUUUAUCCUUACCUACGAUAUAUUUCAGCAAUAUCUUAAGUUUCUAUCAGGCUACUUAUAAUGAGUCCAGAAAAUCCUAUGUAUUUGAUUGUAAUUUAUUUAAUGGGCAAAGGGAUUAUUUAUCAUUUUCAGUUGAUGGGUUUUAUUUAAAUGAAACAGAUGAAAAACUUUUUAGAAGAACAAUUGAAUUGCCUUUAUCAAAUUUUGUAACUAUUGAAACAAAUGUCACAACUUAUGCUAAUACUUCCUAUGAUGAUUAUGAAAUCUUCCAAACUAAAACUUGCUAUUUUGAUAAUACUAAAUUUACUGAAAGUCAAACAAGCUAUGCUUCUUUAGGUCAAGUUGUACUAACCUCUUUAAAAACUGCCUACGAUUUUGAGAGGUCUUUGUUUGCUUUUACUCAAUUAUAUAACGAUGAUCAUUGGAGCGUCAUAAAUUAUAUUGAUACACCAUGA